UUCUUGCGCUUUCUAGCCUCCUCUCCACCUGUGAUCCUGUCUGCUCUGCUCCGCGAGUAAGCGUGGCGUCGUCGGGGCGGCGCUUCGCGUCGGAAUCCACCGCAGUCGCGGACUGGCUGCCGUCGCACGCCGGCGGCGGCCGCGGGGACGACCUCUCGCUGGGCUUCAAUGCCGGCGGCGCGGCCGCCGCGUCUGGCUCUUCGCUGGUGGCCGGGCUCUGGGGACCCGCGGCGUCGCGCCAGGCCGCCGCCGCGGCGCUCGGCUACGGGACGAUAAACGCCGCUGGUGACGUCGGGAUGGUGGUAGUCGCCCCCGGCCCCGCGGGCUCGUUCCACCACCAUAGGACUGCCGCGGCAGCCUCGGCCGCCAACGACCCUAUGUUCCCGCUCGUCGCCGCGGCACAGCGCGCCUUCGACACUGAUGCCGCCGCCAAGCCGGACGCAUCCGGCGGCGCCUUCCAGUUCUGGCAAGCGCAACCGGCGACGGCGGCCGCGGACGGUUCCACCGGCAAGAAGCCUCUCGCCAUGCUGGACUACGGCUGCAUCGGGGCUGGCUCCGGCUCCGGCUCCGGCUCCGGCACGGCGACGUGCAAGGACUGCGGUAAUCAGGCGAAGAGGGGCUGCGCGCACAACCGCUGCCGCACCUGCUGCAACAGCCGCGGCCUCGAGUGCGACACCCACGUCAGGAGCACCUGGGUGCCCGCCGCGCGCCGCCGCGAGCGUCUCCAGCUAGCCGGCGCCGGCGCCUCCCCUCCCCCCGCGCCCGCCGCAACCAAGAAACCCCGCCUACUCGCGUGCCAGACCACCACCGCCACCAACUCCCGCACCUCGACGUCCAACGCCACCACCCCUCGCAGCUUCGACACAUCCUCGAGCCACCAAGACGCGUCGUUCAAAGACAGCCUGCCGCGGCAGUUGCGCGGGCCGGCGGUGUUCCAGUGCGUGAGGGUGACGUCCGUCGACGACGGCCAGGCCGAGGUCGCGUACCAGGCGGCGGUGACCAUCAACGGCCACUUGUUCAGGGGGCUCCUGUACGACCAGGGCGCUGAGGUGGACGGCCACGCCACAAACGGCAGCGCCGCCGCCGUCCAUCUCGGCACCUCCGACCUCCAUCUCGGCAGCGCCUCGGCCGCGGCUCCCGACCUAUACGGCGGCGGCGGCGGCGGCCCGCUCAUCCUCGGCGGGCUGAGCUAUGGUAACACACCAUGAACUGAUGAAAAGCAACUCAUUGCAAAAUCGAGCAAGGGUACUAGCAAUGUUCUGUGUCCUUUCUUUCAGCUUUUUUAAGGCAAAACUAUAUAUCAUCUUCUGAACUUUAGUCUCAUUUAACUAUAAAUUCAGAUGUAUUUUACUCUGAAUUUUAUAAUAACACUCAAAUUUUAUUUUAAACUAUGAAAUCAAAUAUAUUUUACUUAAACUUUACAAUUUCAUUUUGAACUAUAAAAUCAGAUAUUUUACUCUAAAAUUUACAAUAUCAUUUAAAUUUUACUUUGAACUAUAAAAUCAAAUAUAUUAUACUUUAAAUUUUAUAAUACCAUUCAAAUAACAUUUUUACCGGUUUUGGAGAAUGGUUUUGCUUAUGUGAUGGGUAUGCAUGAAUUUUUUGCUUAAAGGGUAUACUGAUUUUGUCUAAUUCACCAUCCACCUCGUAUAGAUGUGGCAGCACAGAUCUUGACAGUAGUCUGUGUUAGCUUAGCGAGACAUCAAAUGAUGAUGAAGUAAUAUGAUCGAGCGAAUAUAUGAAAAAAUCACUUAGAAAAGAAAAUAAAAAUAAGAUUAAGUGAUGUAUAACAAGAUCCUGGCCACAGUUCGUGCUAGCUCAGAAUAAUGAUGAAGCAACAUGAUCAAGUUAAUACAUAGCAAAAUUAUUUUAAAAAAAAGUAUAAAAAUAAGAUUAAGUGACGUCCGUAUGGUUUAACCGCCGAUGUAGACUUGCCACAUAGGUAAAAUCACUCUCUAAAACUAGUUAGGGUGUUAUUUAAGUAGUAUUGUAAAGUUUAGAGUGAAAUAUAUUUAGUUUUAUAGUUUAGGAUAAAAUUUGAGUGGUAUUAUAAAGUUUAGAGUAAAAUAUAUCUGAUUUUAUAGUUUAUGGUAAAAUUUAAAUGAUAUUUUAAAGUUUAGAAUGAAAUUUGAAGAUUAGACUAAAAUCCAAGGGGUUAUAUAUAGUUUUUCUUUUUUUCAUCACUUAGUGCAUAGUAGUAUAGUACAGUUUCGUGUUGCUGGUGAAGCUGUCAUCAUGCCCAUGGGAUCCUAUGGAGCCUCUGUUACCGGAAGCAGGAAAGGGAAUAGUUAAGCAUUCACAGGCUAAUUUCGUGCACUGUCUGGCUUCUGUGUGGCUACUGAUCUCGUCCAGUUCGGGACGCAUGAAUUUCGCAGAAGGUUUUACCCUCUGGUACAAAUAAAUUUCUUGGAAUUCCCAUGGAACAUGUUUGGAACCCAGGAAUUUCACAUAAUUUUUAGUGACCCUUGAGAACGAAUUCCCUCGUUCAAAAUGGGCCUAAACUGUACCAUUUCCUGCAAGUAGAAUUCAUUUGAAAAAUGCCGCGGCGGAAACGGGGCUCUAGGAGCGAUACUACUGGUGAGUCGUGAUCUUUUGUCUGCUGAUGGAAUGGAAAAUUGAGGUUUUGGUUUGCCAGCUGAAAAGUUUGACUCUUCGAUGCUCCCCAUGCCAUGACUUCACUCACUCGUUGUCUCUUGCGUGCCUUGGCUUCCAAGUGCCUACUAUCUUCUUCACCUUCUUCAUCUACUACUACUUUCUUUCCCAGUUCUGUCUUGCGUGUUUUGUUUUGACAGCAUACUACUCCGUAGCUGCUAUCUUAUCCAUGCAUUGGAACUUGUAGCCGAGAGGACAAUGCUGAUAGGAUUUCUUGGUCUCAUUAUAAUACUCGUCUGAUUGGGAUUCAUUAUUGUAGAACAUACUGGCUGUGGUCAUUGCCGCCUGUGAGACAAUGUGGACAUGAUUACAGCUCUGGUCCGAUUUACACGUUAUUUUAGGUUGUUCGAUACUGUUUUCAGUUUUUUUCCCUAUGGUUAUAAAAAAGUAAAACUAUAGUGUCAAUAAACUAAUAAAGUACUUUGAUGAUGGAUCUGUUAAUACCGUGCAUGAAAUCUAAUUUUUUUUAUAUGUGAUCAUGGCAGAUUUUCUUAAGUUCAACACUUGUCUAUUUUGAGCUUCUUCUAAUCUUAUUGCAAGCCCGUAUCUAUCCCUCCUACCGAAUCUCAUAAAGAACUGAAAAGAUGUGAAAAGAAAGAAAGUCCUGUUGAUGCACAGGACUGUACUGGUUGCAUGGAGAAUCAUGUCCAUGGACAUUUGGGUCCUCUUUUUUGGUUGGAGUAGUAAUUUAGCUUGCUGUUUCUCACCUAAUUGUGUCUUGUCCAAUGAGCGAGUGAUCAUGCAGCACAUCCAAAUCUUUGGGUCACAUGUUUGUGUUAUGGGGGAGCCGGUACUCGGUAGGGAUGGAUGGAAAAUUCUUCUCUCCGUGUGACAGUAUGGGGCUUGAUGUUUCUGGUCAAAUGCUAUCUUGUCAAUUGUCAUAGUCAGACACAGAGCUGGUAUUAAGCAUUAUUCAAUGUGUGUUGAUGAGGGCUAAGCUCUUGGUCCAUGCCACGGUGCUGCGCCCUGCCUAGUUUCAGGAAGCACGGAUACUGUUGAGGGUGCUUCUUUAUUUGAUGCAAUGGAGCAGCUGGUGCGGUGUCACUCUUGAUCUCCAUGCUGUGCAUGUCUUAUCCGUUGACUAAUGCUUGUUUAACUUCCUUCGCUGCUUCGGUACAUCUCUUUAAUAAAAUUUUACAAAUCUUAAAACAAAUUAGAUAAUAUAAGAUCGGCAAAUCUCCACCGACAUAAAUGAAUAAAUCAAAUUAAAAAUUAGAUAUAGUUAUAUGUUUGAAUAUUACGAUGGGGGAAUUGUUUUAUUUGGUUUGUUUUUUAGAUGCAUACAAAUUUGUUCAAUCCUAUUAUUAUCUAUGUUGCUCUAAAUUUAGUAAACUUUACAAAAAGAGGUAAAUCAAAGCCAUGAAUAAUUUAACUCCUAGCUCUAGGCUUGUUAAUCUUCCUGCAUGAUUGAGUGAUCAAUAUGCUAGCUAAUAAGCUGUGUAAUGCCUAAUAAAGCUCUGAGGAAAUGUGUUCGCCUUGCUUUUUGAAUGCAGACAUGUGUACCAUUCAACAAACUGCACUGAUUUCAUUUUCUUCUUACGCUCUUGCAUACGCUGUUGCAACCUUUUUCUAAAAUCUAUAUGCCAUCUUUAAAAUGUAUGUUCAGUAAUUGUACUGUACUCUUUUGUCAAACCAUGUAUUGUGUGUUCGUUACCAAGUUAUGAAAUUAAUUGCACCUUUUGUUUUGGUUUGAAACUUGUUAUUCUUUGCAUCAUUAUUCAUAUGGUGGUAGUUCCUAUGAUUAAACACUUCGGCUGUUUAUAAAAUUUAGCCUGUAGCCAGAGCACAGUGUGCAGUUAUGGCUUUUCACCAUCAUUCCAACCAAUGUCUAUAGCAAGCAAUGUAUCAUGUUUCAAGUGAGAAUAAGGUAAAUUAUGAGGUAACUAUCUGUUUAUGCACCAGUACUGCUAUAGCAGCAUUAAGUAAUAUGUCUUAUGCACCACUGGCAGGGAUAACUGGAAUAAUUCAUAACAAUGUAGUAUACAUGGCUUCUGCUGACCCCAAUAAUGCUAGCAUAGAAUUCAUCUUCUCAUUUCUUAACAUAAAUGUAUCCCAUAUGUUCACAUUACUUGCCAAAUUAUGCUUUCUCUAAGCAAAUUGCACGCUCUCUUCUGAAGUAAUAUGAUGCAAAAACGUCUGUUCCAUUUGCCUUUCUUGUUGCAUGCUUCUCCAUUAUACUUGCUUGCAAAUUGCACGGAGAUCAUAUUCUUCUUUCUUAUUUGAUUGUUAUUAUAACAUUCAUAUGCCAAGUUUCAUAUGUCUAUUACAGUAGUCAAACUAUGGAUGCUUGAAUGCUACUUUAAAUAUGUUUCCUUGAAAACAUAUUGUUCUAUUAUUCAAUAAUAAUUUGGAUAAGCACCUUGCAAUGAAGCAAUAUUUGGUGGCACCAAUAUCUAAGCUCUGUUAAAUUUCUUCAAUUCCUUUCUAAAAAUAAUGCAGAACUGAUUAUCACUUGGUUGUAAAAAUUAAUACUCCAUCCGAUUCAAAAUGUAUGUUGUUUUAGGAUUCCUGCUAGCCAAACUUUUUUAACUUUGACCAUCAAUACAUAAAUAAUUACUUAGAUUGACAAUGUAAGAUAGAUAUUAUUAGAUUCAUCACGAAAAGUGCUUUCAUAAUAUCUAAUUAUCUUUAUUUGAAAUGUCAUUUUUUCAUAAAAAUUCCUAGUCAAAGUGUCACCUUAUAGACUGUAUCGAUGUCCUAAACGUCAUACAUUUUGAAUUGGAAGGAGUACUGGAUUGUUUGGUGGAGAAAGCAAAAAUUUGGCAUAAUUUGCCAAAAGGAAAACAGUGAAUAUUCUAAAGAUACUGUUUUUCUCAUUGUUACAAGAUUUGUAUUGUUGAUUUUGAUUCAGGAGUACUGGUGAGUUUGGUGGAGAAAGCAAAAACUUGGCAUAGUUUGCCAAAAGGAAAACAGUGAAUAUUCUAUAGAUACUGUUUUUCUCAUUGUUACAAGAUUUGUAUUGUUGGCUUGUACAUGACUGUAAAAGCAUUUUCCAACCAUAGGCGUUUAGCUUCAUAAUUCCCUCCUGUUGGUGUACUUUGUCCUUGAAAUAUCUACAAAUGAGUAAUCAGAAUUCAAUUUCAUGAA